AUGAUCGAGACGACUGACAUUCGAAUCAGCCCAAAGGAGGAGGUGAAGAACAUCGCCUCCAAGGGUGGUAAAACAAGUCAAGGCGGCUUCGCUGAUAUGGACGCCGAUAAGCAGCAUGACAUAUCUUCUGAAGGAGGGCAGAAGUCCUCCGGAUCCUUUGAGCCCGGGAGCCAAAAGGCAAGCGAGGCCGGCCGCAAGGGAGGCCUGAACAGUGGCCGCGCGGAAUAA